CGAUAUCUUGGGUUUGGGGUCGAAGCAAGAACAUGGGGCAAGGACAGAGCGGCCUCGGCGGAAGCAAGAAGACCGACAAGAAGGACGACCAGCCCAAGAAGAAGAAGUUCGAACCUCGAGGGGGAGCGAUUACGCGCAAGCGCAAAAAGAAGAAGGGUCCAUCGGCGGCUACCCGCAUCCCUGCGGUGUUCCCAACCGCCAAGUGCAAGCUCCGCCUGCUCAAGCUUGAACGCAUCAAGGAUUUCUUGUUGAUGGAGGAAGAGUUCAUCAAGAACCAGGAAGUUAUGAAGCCGAAACAAGAAAAGGACGAAGAAGAACGAUCCAAGGUCGACGACCUUCGCGGGACGCCUAUGGGGGUUGGAACGUUGGAAGAAAUGAUCGACGACAACCACGCGAUCGUGUCUUCAAGUGUCGGGCCCGAGUACUAUGUGAGCGUCAUGUCGUUUGUGAACCAGGACCUGCUGGAAGCUGGGUGCUCCGUGCUGCUCCACAAUAAAGUCAUGGCAGUCGUCGGGAUCUUGUCCAACGACACGGAUCCCAUGGUAAGCGUGAUGAAGGUCGACAAGGCGCCGCUGGAAUCAUACGCGGAUAUUGGGGGGUUGGACCAGCAAAUCCAGGAAAUCAAAGAAGCUGUGGAGCUGCCGCUUACACACCCCGAACUGUACGAAGGGAUUGGAAUCCGACCCCCGAAGGGUGUGAUCUUGUAUGGCGAGCCUGGUACCGGCAAGACGCUCUUAGCCAAGGCGGUGGCGAAUCAGACAUCUGCUACCUUCUUGCGCGUUGUCGGGUCUGAGUUGAUUCAAAAGUACCUGGGGGACGGGCCCAAGUUGGUGCGCGAAAUGUUCCGCGUCGCCGACGACCACGCGCCGUCCAUUGUGUUUAUCGACGAAAUCGACGCCGUCGGUAGCAAGCGGUACGACUCGAGCAGCGGCGGCACGCGUGAAAUCCAACGUACCAUGUUGGAGUUGCUGAACCAACUCGAUGGGUUCGACGAACGCGGCGAUGUCAAGGUGAUCAUGGCAACGAACUCAAUUGAGAGCCUGGACCCGGCGUUGAUCCGUCCCGGGCGUAUCGACCGAAAGAUUGAGUUUCCUCUGCCGGACGUGAAAACGAAACGCCGCAUCUUUGCCAUUCACACAAGUCGCAUGAGCUUGGCGGACGAUGUCGACCUGGAAGAGUUCAUCAUGUCCAAGGACGAACUCUCAGGUGCCGACAUCAAAGCCGUGUGCACCGAGUCGGGUCUCCUUGCCCUCCGCGAACGCCGCAUGCGCGUGACCCAGACGGAUUUCAGAAAAGCGAAAGAAAAGGCGCUGUACAAGAAGAAGGCUAACAUCCCCGAAGGCUUGUACUUGUAAUAGCAACGACUAAUACAUCAGAAGAACGGACGAUUUGAGGGAUGUCAAAGCUGUCAUCAUGCGCAGCACCUCCGCGAUUUGCUCGUCAGUCGUACCAACGUGGCGUUGACGCCCUCCCUCCAUUCGAAUCUCUCUUCGUGGCCAUCGAGCUCCGUCCGACGCGGCCGCAGCGUCAUCACUUGGAUUUGUCAAAGUGCGAAUAUUCUAUCAAUUCAAUUCCUCCAAUUACCUGUUG